AUGCUCCCCACCGCUCUUCGACGACGCCUAGAUCGCUUAAAUAAUCUCCAGUCGACUUUCCUCGCUCCGCUGGAGCAAGUCGACUCAAACCAAUACUCCAGCCAGGGACUCACUUGCACUCCUGAACUGGACUUCGGUCAUGAUAUAUCUAGAGGCACUUCGUCGCGACCGACGUCUGCAGGCAGUAAAGGAUCAACGGUAUCUGUCUCAGUCAAUGCUUCCGGCACUUCAACACCCGAGUUGGAUACCUUGACAACCUACGAGAGUGACUCCGGUCUUCGAUGGAAUAGAGUGGUACCUGCAUUCUCAUUGCUCCGAAAUGCUGGUUUCGAGGCUCAGCAGCCAAACUCGGACGCUCGCCUCGUCCGGAGUUUGUUUAUCGACGGCGUAGGCUACCUUCUUGAAGCACUACCUUCAGAUUUGACUGACGACGAGGCGCGUUCGAUCCGCGAUCGACUUCCGGAUCCUUUAAGAGCGCAAGUUGAGAAAAUUCCUGCCUCGCCCUCACAGAAUAAUCCCGUCCCGCCGUCCUAUUUACACCGUGUAAUCGCAACUUUGAUUGUGUAUGGAUUUAUAUUUGCACAACUCAUUCUCCCGUAUGUAAAAGUGCUACUGAAUUCCAUAUAUACAUACGAGCGGAAAUAUCGUGUCACCGAGAGAAUUCUCGCUGCUGCAUUGGAAAGUGCGGAUGGGGUAGGAAAAGGCGCUGGUAAUAUCGGCUCGAUGCUGAUGACAUUGAGUGAGGGGAGACUAUUCACGGGAUUGUGUACCUUAACGGCGUGGACUAUUGAAUCUGUUGCUGGCGGUGUAUACGAUGGAGUCAACGAGGGACUUGUUGUCUUAGGCGCGACUCAUCGGGGGUCCGAAAUAGUGCAGCAGAAGCCUUCGUAG